CUGCCGCUCCUUCGAAUCUUUGCAAGCAUGAUGCAUCACACUGCCUCCACCAAAACGAGUCUCGAUAAAGCUCUUCAACUUGUGAAUUAACGAGGCAACAGCUCCUUAAGAACCAAUCAAUGAUCUUGUAUUAAUGUUCUAUAAUUACACCGCACUGUCAAAUGUCAUUGCACUGCAACACCUUGUCACUCUCCGUCUCUAUCCAUGCAUCUUCCUCCAUGUUCCUCUUCAUUCAACAGAAUGAACUUGCACUCAUGCGGUCAAUCAAGAUCUGGACUCAUUUGACAGGAUUCACACUACGCCUGACAGCAACGGCCCCCUUCUACCCCAACUUGAAUGAAACAUCCUUCCGCUCCGCAGUCGAUGGCCAAGCUUUUCACCCUGCAUCCCCCGCACCGCCAUAACAUACAACAUACGUCCGACAUGCCGUUUAACCAGUGCUUCCUCGUCGCACAAUCUUUUAGCCCUCUUGGGGAGGUUUGGACGAUACACAUCGAUCCAGGUCCACAGGUCCCUCGACCUGUGACGAACAAGUCUAUGGUGUCUCAAAAGGAGCCUGGGAGUGAUAUGUCCGGAACGCGAGGUGCGCUGUGUUGUUCUGAUUUACUUUUGUUACUGGUCCGUAUUCUGAAUUUUCCCCUGUGCCUCUUGGAGAUAGCUGAGCUACGAACAGGCAUGAUGGAGGAGCGGGGACCAGACAUGCGAUACAUCCACCACUCUUGUUAUCAGACGAACCUCCCCAUCGUCUCCACUUAUCCACCACACCUCCUCAGUCCUCUCAAUCUCCUCAUGCUCGGUUUCACAGCUAGAUCUAUUUUUCCAAGGCGCUAUCUAUAUCCGUCCACAUUCCUUCGACCCUCCUCUCCUCCCAUGAAGCUAUUCUCUUUCGAAUGCUUACUUUGGGGGCGUUGUCGAGGAGCUGCUUGUCGAGCAGUAGGUUGUGACUAGGUUUCCUUGGGCGGAGAUCAUCAUGGGCGGCGGGUACGGUGACACGUCGUGGUCUGGGAUGUGUGGUCAUACAGCCGAUUAUAUUUGGAAUGGGAUAGAUCUCCUUGGACCUUGGGCUUGACAGGGGAGGUCACGCAGCAUUCUGAUUCCUCGAGGCAGGUGCCACUAACCGGAAUUUGUAUCUUGAAACAAGGGACGUGGUGACUUAUGGAGAUUCGUCACAUUUCAGUGUUAGG